ACAGUCGCUCUUUCAACAUAUACCAAACGAUCACCUUGCCCUCUACAUAUAUACAAUUACCCUGUCAUUUCAUCAAUAGACAUCUUUCAUGGUCACUCCAUCAACUCCCUCGUUCCACAAGCCCCCGAAUACACACAAGAUGGGCAAAUUCCGCCCCAGCAACAUCCUUGGCGAUCCUUUCGCCCUCGCCACCGUCUCCAUCUCCAUCCUGGCAUGGCUGAUCGCAUUCAUUUCAUCAAUUAUUGCCGAUGUGCAAGAUACUAAGUAUCCCAACUACUCAUGGUGGGCCAAUAGUUAUAUGUUCUGUGUCAUCAUUGGUCUGAUUGUGACCUUUGGCACCGACACCGGCCACGUCUACGGCGUCGCGAUCGUGGGAUAUCUUGGCUGUGGCCUUGUUCUGACUUCGCUGAGCGCAAACAACACCAUCUAUGAAUCCCAAGGCUCAAUGCAAGCCGCGGGAGCCGGUUUCAUCCUGCUCUCCAUGAUCAUCAUCGUCUGGAUCUUCUACUUCGGCUCCUCGCCUCAAGCCUCGCACCGCGGAUUCAUCGACUCAUUCGCCCUCAACAAGGAGCAGCCCCCAGAGCCAUCCUACCGCGGCAGCCGCCCCAUGUCCAGCGCAUUCGGCGCCCGUCCGGAGACCGUGGCCACCAGCAACACCCCGCAGAUGUACACCUCUGCCCAACUAGGUGGCUUUGAGACCUCUUCCCCCGUUUCCGGCUACCCCGGCGGUGCGCCCGGCGCCGAGCGAAACUCCUCCGCGCCUCGCUUCGGCACCCCAAGCGGUGCCCCUGGCAAUGGCGAACAAGAAACCGGCGAAGUGCCCCAGCCAACCGAUUACCCGUACCGCGCGAAAGCAAUCUACUCGUACGAUGCCAACCCGGAAGAUGCGAACGAGAUCAGUUUCGCCAAGCACGAGAUCCUCGAGGUAUCGGAUGUCAGCGGCCGAUGGUGGCAGGCUCGGAAGUCCAACGGAGACACCGGCAUUGCACCCUCCAACUAUUUGAUCCUUCUGUGAUCGGAGUUUGUACGGUUGAUGUCUGUCUUCUUUUCUCGAGCUUCCCCUUUCGCAAAACCUGUUUCCCUUGAUACCCUUUGGAUCCUCUCUCCACCUGUGUGUGUAUUUUUUUGGUUCCCCUAACGUGAUGUCUUGAUGGCCUCCUUUGUUACAUGUCUAUUUUCUUUUCUUGGAACGUAUUUGUUGAUCUGGGUUUUUUUUUUGGAUUUCUUUUUUGUUCUUGUUUUGUUUUUUACAGCGGGUGGUUAUCCCGAGUCUUUCUUUAUGCUCCUUUUUGUGGUUUCUGGUGCUAUCUCGUUCUCAUGUUGGAUACAUUGGCAAGGAUUGACAGAUCUUGAUGCCAUGCUUAUUUCUGCAUGAACGAAAAGUAACAUGUUAGGAUAUAUGGUCAGCACUUUGUGCGAGCAUAAUACAGU